GAACCUGCACUACAAGAGGUUGGAGGAUCUUUCUGGAGAUCCUUGAGCUCCUUCAAGAUCUGCUUCGACGCCAUGACCUAAACCCUAAGACAACAAUGCACCAAAUCGUAGAUCACCAUACUUUGUUGCACACCCCAAAGUCCCUACAAUGCCAAGGGAGAUGCCAAAGUUGCCUCUACCGUGAAGCCAAGCUCUUCGACGCCGAUGAUGAUGAUGAUGAAGAACUUGGCUGCCUAGAAGAUCCUAGUCCCUACAACGCCAAGGGAGAUGCUUUGAUCGGCAUGAUGCCUCGGCUUCCUGAUGGGUUUGACGAGGUUGUGGUUGGCGGUGUUUCGGAGUUGGAGGCAUCUGGAAAGUGUGUUGUGGGGAAGGGUGGCCUUGGGGAUGUGGCGGUUGCUAGGGACAAGGUGGUGAUUGGAGGUGAUGUUGUGGACGCAGACAAGGGCGAGGGGGCAGACUGCUUGGAUGGGAACCAAAGCACUUAGGUUUUUUAGUUUUAUCAAAAUCAAUUACAGAUUUUGUAGAUUUGGGAGAGAGGCGAAACACUAGGUCUACUUGGGGAGGGAAGCUCGGGAUUAAGGGAGAACAAAUUGGGAAUUUGUGGAGGGAAGUGAAAAUUUCUACUGCUAGCUGAAUGGGUCUUUGAGUUUUAUCAAAUCAAAUACAAAUUGUGGAGAUUU